AUGGACCCUCAAGUCAACCCCGCCGACAUCGCCAUAAUCCAACAGUGGUGGGAGAACCUCACAGCCGCGGCUGCAAAUGACCUUUCAGAGGUACGGGUACAUGAAUCCCCUUCAGCUUCUCCAAGUCCUCCCCCCGGAGCAUUAUCUCCGGAUUCAAUAUCUUCAACCCCUGCAGCACCAUUUUCACGCUUUGAACUUCUCCCCGGUGAGAUCCGUAAUGAAGUCUACGCCUACCUUCUUUCCCCUUCUCUGAACACCUCUCACGAUGUCUACACCUACCCGCUCGACCCCGCCCGCAACGCCAACAAUAACAACACAGUAUCAAUCCCUUCUUCCUCGUCCACGAACCUCAAUGAUUCUGACAAUAUAAAUACCAUUGCUCCAACAUACCCAACGGAUAUUUAUACCUACCGUGGUCUCACUCCCAGGAAAGUCACAAAUGAAGAUCAAAUCUCCUCUUCGGACUCUGAUAGUGAUGAUGUCGAGCUUGUUGUAUAUUCGAAGGGAAAUGCAAUGGCAACGAUGUCCAGAAUUCGAAUAUAUCAUGAAAUCUUAUUAACAAAUAAGAGGAUAUAUAAAGAAGCCCAUAGAUAUUUAUACACCAUCUGUGGGCCGGUAUUAAAGAUCAGGGGGAUCCCGUAUACUAGUUCUUUAUGCCGGUUAAUGGGUCGGCUGGGAUUCCGAUGGUUUUAUACCCGUCCGACGAAGCGGGAUAUCAAGGGUAGCAUGGGCACUUUGGAUAUUAUAUGGAAGGAGGUUAAGAGUGAUGAUGAAAGUACACCCAAGAUGAAGUUCACACCGGGGUCGAAGGAUCCUGAAAUCGUCUUAACGGAAUCACAGAUUACGCCCUUCGUCCAAUUACUACAAAUCCUCAAAAUCAGAGACACCGAUCAAUCUCAAUUCUUCUCCCUUACAUUCACUCUUCACACCCCACAGAACAUCUACCAAGAACCAAUCUCCUCUUCGACUACAAUUUCGCUAUUCCAAACUACCGUUCUCGAAACCUUCAAAUCAUUCACUGGCACGGGCAUAAAGUACAAAUUCCUCCCGGGAUCCAAUCACAACCCCGGAGAAAUCUCUCAAUACCUCAAGUUUUACAACCAGCCAAUAAUGUGGAUCCGAGCCGAAGCGCUCCGAAUAGUACUCUUAAUAAAAUACAUAUCAAAACAAGGUCUAAAUCCACAAUACAAACAACGAGAUCUAGUCGACGACUUUUGCAAAUGGGUUUUCAUUGGAGAUUUAGUCCGCAACAAAGUUGAUGGUUCUUAUCAACAACUGGCAGAUUUUAGGCCCCGGAUGGAUGACUUAUACCCAGUUCUGACACUGAAACAAAUAGUCCACAUAUGCUUCUACAACGUUUCAAAGUGUUUGUUCCUUAUGGUCGUUAGAAAUAUUUUACCCGAAGAACUGGAGAUUACGGAUGAACUUGGUACUUUAAAGGAACUUUGCCAUGAUUUGGACGAAAUAACUUCGCAGACAAUGGAAGUGGAGACCGAUCUGGGGUAUAAAGAAAUGACCGUUUUGAAACCAGACCAUAUCGCUAGUGUCAAUCAUUUACAGGCUAUGAUCUGUUUUUAUUGUCAUGAAAGAGGGAUGGCUGGUAAGGGAAUCGAAUACUUCCAAAAGUGCAUCAAGAACUCUGAGGGCCAGAGGAAACGAGAUUUUGAAUUUCUAGCCCAUGCAGCGGAUACUUGGAGAAAUGAUGGUCGAGUUACUGGUGAGUUAAUGUACACCCUACUCCAACGUUUUCCGGAAGCCGACCUAGACAUCGACUUCCCCGACAAGAUGGAAUCCUCUCGUCUACACUACGAAUGGACACUCCUUCAAAGAUAUGGAUACAUCGGCGACCCUCUGACCGACAGGUUCGUGCACAUGCCCACAACAAACGGCCCAAAUCUUAACAAUUUCCCCGACAAUCUUUAUCUGGAAGACUAUAAAGCCUCGAGGUUUGCGAAGAAAGUAUGGUUGGGCACUGGGACGGACGAAUUGUUUAUUAGUGAUCCAUUGUAG